GUAGCGAGUCGGAUCUGUUUGAAGGACGGAACCUACACAGCCACGUAGUAUAGGCAGGAGCAAGUCUGAGGAUCACCGAGGACUCAAGCUGUCUGCACCAUCCAGGCCAGCCUGCAGGCUUAACCAAAGUUUACAGAGCAUGAAGUAAAGGUGAAUUGCACUAGUGAGACCAGCUCAUGUUCAUGGAUGCUAGAGCAGCAUCUGUGGUUCAAGAAAUAUGGAAAAUGGAAAUAAUGAAACCGCCUCAGUGGAGGCCAACCCUCAGCAGCCGGAUGCACAACACGGCAAAGAUCCAGACAGCAAUAUUGUAGAGUCUCUGAAGCCGGAGAGAUCCCUCGUAAUGGAGAAAAUCCCUAACGGUCAUGUCAAAGCAGAGCUGUUGCCAAACGGAGAGGCCGUGGUGGAGGGUCAGGAAACCUGCGGAGGCAGCACCCCACCUCUGGCAACUCCAUCCCCAGGCAGCCGCCUUCCCGAUUCCCCCCUGAGCGCAGAGCUGGAUCCAGGUGUGGCCUCUUUCCCUGACAGCCUAGAGAAGUCUGAGGCAGCUCUUGCAGAGGGCUCUGUUCACAAGGGUGACGCAUUGCAAUCGCUCAGACUAAGUAUUCCUAUGCAGGAGACUGAAUUGUCAUCGAAAGAGCCAUCUGUGGAGAUGGAAAAUGAAGAAAAAAUCCGUCAGGAAGCUCGUCGGCGUCUGGAGGAACAGCUCAAACAAUACAGAGUACAGCGGCACUCUGAGAGAAACCGGCGUUCCACUCCUAAGAGCCGCCAAUUUAGCACUUUGGACCCGGAGCUCAUGCUCCAUCCCGAGGGUCUCCCACGGGCCAGUACUGUCGCCAUGACUAAGGAAUACUCUUUCCUGCGCACCAGCGUUCCUCGUGGUCCCAAACUGGGAAGCCUGGGGAUCCCUUCCAGCAAGGAGAAGAAAUCCAAAUCAUCUCGCUCCAACAAGAUCCACUCUCUCGCCGACUACAGAACUCCCGAUUCUGACGCUAAAAGCACAGAUGCAUCUGGGGGGCUAGUUUCAGCAUUUGCCGACUCGUCCUUUAGCUCUCUGCAUUCCACCAUCAGCUCAGUCUCCACAGUUUCCGAAAUCAGCAUCAGUUCCGAGACCAACGCCCACUCCGAAUCAUCUCAGCUAAUCAGAGACAACAUCACUGAUGGUAAUGACAGCGAUAGCUCAUCCUAUAGUAGCGUGUCUACUACAGGGACAUAUAAUAUGUUAGCUGCAAUAGUGAACCGGCCAAAGGCUCCAUAUACUGUCGAAGGGAGAGAGAUUGCUCCAGAAGCCAUGGGCCAUUUUCCAUCACUGCAGGAAGUCCUGCAAGCAGCCACUGAAGAGAGGCACAUGGAAGAGCUGGAGCAGGAAAGAGAAGGCAGCGUGGAGCCUCGCAGUCGCAGGGACAGCUUCUCCAGCAGCGUGUCGUAUGGGAGUUCUGUGAUGGGGACUCAUGAUGAGAUGCUGCAAGUGCUGAAAGAGAAAAUGAGGCUAGAAGGACAACUAGAGUCUCUUUCCUCCGAGGCCAAUCAGGCUCUGAAAGAAAAGACAGAGCUCCAGGCCCAGCUGGCUACAGUAACUGCUCAGUUGCAUGCCCAGGUGGAGCAGACCCAGGCCAGUCAGGAGAAGCAGAGCACCCUCACCUCUGAAGUCAUCACAUUACGCUUCAGCUGCUCUGCGCUGGAGAAGGCCAUGGUGGAUCUCCAGGCCAAUGUAGAGGGGAAGAAUGCCAGCCUGGCCUCGCUGGGCAAUGACCUGCAGCUGGCUGAAGAGCAGUACCAGAGGCUCAUGGUCAAAGUUGAGGAGAUGCAGCAGAGCCUGAAUACCAAGGACAACACAGUCUCCGAGUUGCGGCAGCAGAUGGGAGGCCUACAGGCACAGCUUCAGCGGGUCCAGAGCGAGAGGAACGCUCUGCAGAGCAGACUGAAAACCUCGCAGGCAGAAGUGGACUCUCUACAGCAGCUCCGCCUCUGGUACCAGCAGCAGCUGGCUCUGGCACAGGAGGCACGAGUGCGACUGCAGGGAGAGAUGGCAAACAUGCAGGCGGGUCAGAUGACUCAGAUCGGAGUGUUGGAAAAUCUAAAGAUGGAGAACGUUACUCUGUCUCACAAACUCACAGAGACGAAACAUCAGUCUAUAAAAGAGAAGGAACGGAUUGCUGUGCAGCUACAAAGUAUAGAGGUAGACAUGUUGACUCAAGAAGCGUCCAUCCAUCAAAUCCAGGAGGCAAAGUCAAUGGUGGAGGAAGAUCUUCAGCGCAAACUGGAAGAGUUUGAGGAGGAGCAAGAGCAUCUUCUCAAACUUGCCAACACAGCCACAACACUGGAGAGAGAGCUAGAUCAGGUCAAACUCAUUCUCUCCCAAAAAGAUGCCCAGCUGGAAUCGCUUCAGCGUGAGCACCUAGAGCUGAUGAAGCAGCUGACCACUACUCAGGAGACCCUCCAAACCAAAGAACAGGCCCUUAAUCAGCUGGAAGCAUGUUACCAGGAGCUCCAGGCCCAGCUGGAGGAGCUACAAACUGACGCCAAAGCUAAAGAGGAAACCCUGCAGUAUCUCCAAAAUGAGAAAAUAGUCCUGGAAGUUGCUCUACAGGCAGCACGGGCUGAUAAGAGCGAACUGGAUGAAGGAGCGGAAAGGCUUGGAGAGGAAGUGCUGGUGGCGUCAGACACUCUUGACCAGCUUAGGCAGGAACUGCAGGUUAAAUCAACCCAGAUUGAAGCUCUCCAGCAGGAGAAUGGCAACCUCAAAAAACAAGCACAGAAACUGAAAGAGCAGUUCAUGCAGCAAAAGGUGAUGGUUGAAGCUUACAGGAGAGAUGCCAGCUCCAAAGACCAGUUGAUCUCUGAGUUGAAGGCUUCUAAAAAGCGUCUGGUGGCAGAGGUGAAGGACCUGAAGCAGGAGCUGUUAAAAAUGGAGGGAGAAAAGAAGAGCGCAGAACAGGAACAGGCUCGCCUGCAGAAGGAAGCGGAGCGAGUCCAGCAGCAAAUGAACGGUCUGGAAGCCCAUUUACAAUCCGUACAGACAGAGAGAGACCAACUUGACUCUCAACUGCAGUCCCUUCAGUUUGACCAGAACCAGCUGGCGGCAGUGACGGAAGAGAAUGAAAAUCUGAGAAAGAGGAUCGAACAAAUGCAAAAUGAAGCCAGAAAGGCUAUCUCGGAGCAGAAGGUGAAGAUGAAGCGUAUGGGCACAGAUUUGACCAGUGCACAGAAAGAGAUGAAGGCCAAGCAUAAGGCCUAUGAGAAUGCAGUUGGCAUUCUGAGCCGCAGGCUGCAGGAAGCCCUCACCGCCAAAGAGACAGCUGAGGCUGAACUUGACAAACUCAGAACUCAGGUUUCAGAGGGUGGAAAUAGCCAAGAACUUCAGGCCAAGCUGGAGUCCCUGCAGGGACAGCUGAAGGCAGUGAGCCAGAGUAAAGCCAUGCUGGAGAAAGAGCUACAGGAGGUCAUCACCCUCACUAGCACUGAGCUGGAGGAAUAUCAGGAGAAAGUGCUGGAACUGGAAGACGAGCUUCAAGAGUCAAGAAAUUUUAAGAAGAGAAUUCGUCGCCUGGAGGAUGCGAAUAAGAAGCUUGCGCUUGAGCUAGAGCAUGAGAAAGGGAAGCUCUCUGGGCUUGGGAAAUCCCAUAGUGCAUUGCGGGAACAUGCCAAUAUUCUAGAGGCUGCAUUGGCAAAGCGAGAAGCAGAUCUUGUCCAGCUCAACUUACAGGUUCAGGCAGUGUUAAAGCGUAAAGAAGAAGAGGACCAGCAGAUGAGACAGUUGGUGCAGACGCUGCAGGCUGCUCUGGAGAAAGAGAAAAUAAAAGUCAAGGAUCUGACCGAGCAGGUGGCGGAGGCCAAGCUGGAGGCAGCCCAUAACCGCAGGCAUUACAGAGCAGCCAUGCUGGAACUCAGCGAGAUCAAGAAAGAUCUGCAGGCCAAAGAGGAGCUCAUCAAAACCCUGCAGAAAGAGGCUAAAACACUUGAGGCUCAAGAUGAGAAGCACUCCGAAGAGGUUUCUCAUUUCCAAGAGGAAUUAGCUGAUGCUCACGCUCAACUCCAGAUCCUUCAAAAACAACUUGAUGAUGAGCUCAGCAAACAGCCCCUCACUAACCAAGAGGUGGAGGAUCUGAAGUGGGAGGUGGAGCAGAGGCAGCGGGAGAUCGAGACUCAGAAACAGCAGCUGGAGAUGGUGGAACAGUGUCACCAGAGAGAGAUGGACACCCUACAGGACACUCUACAGAGGAUAAAGGUGGAGCUGGAGAUGGUGCAGGAAGAGCUCAAUGGCACACGGAAGGAUAAAUUCAUGCUGCAGGCUAAAGUGGGAGAGCUGAGGAACAGCAUGAAGACUGUUCUUCAGCAGAACAACCAGCUCAAACAGGACCUCAAAAACGGCAGGCUCAGAAAGCGGAUGGAUUUAAAGGGGGACUCGACCCCAGUGACUCCAGUAAAAAUCCCAGACUGCCCCGUUCCUGCUUCACUUUUGGACGAACUGUUGAAACCCUCAGCAUCCGUCAAUAAAGAACCUCUCAAUAACCUCCACAACUGUCUGAAACAGCUAAAGCAGGAGAUGGACAGCCUUCAGAAGCAGAUGGAGGAACACACGGUCACAGUGACGUCGUUGGCCAGUGCAGAGGAGGAGCUCCAAAAACUGGGGCUUCAUGACAACAGUAGCAACGACUCACCUGAUAAAGAAGAGAACGAUAAGAUACAGGGAGAGAUGCAGCCCUCGUAAUACACAAAGUAUCCACAAAGAAAGUUCCGUUUUAUCUCUAUGGGCACUUUUACGUUUCUUUCUUUAUUUCUUAUCAACUGCCAAUAUUUGGCUUUAUCCCUUCCUAACCAAGAUUGUUCAGGUGAAACCAACCACAGCUUUAUUUUCGGGGGUCACUUUGGUGUUUGUUUGUGUUGUAAUCAUUUUUUAUUUUCACAUUGAACGUAUAGAGCUGCUCUCUCCGUCUAGCUGUUCUGUUUAUCUCGCUUGUAGUUUCACAGUAGUCGCCCACUACUCAGCUUUGAUAUUGUUUUCUUUCUCAUCUCAUAAGAGGUUUGUGAGGGCUACUGCUAGGCUGCUUAGUCCUGCAGAAGUG